CCUUAGCGAGUUCUACUACGAAUAUUGGCAGCAUUGUUCAGACGACAGUUUGAGUAGUGUAGUUUGAAUUUUCAAAGUGUCAAUUGUGUUCAAUCGCGAAGAAUUGGUAUGAUCGCCAAUUUUUCAUUAUUUGUAUAAUUUACAAGUGUUACAGACGUUCUAUCGAACUUCGCUUUUGAACUUUAAAGCCUUUAGAAAGAUGGCUCGCUACUCUGUUUUGAAAGGUUUCUAUGAUGUGGAGCAAACAAUUGGAAGUGGAGGUUUUGCCAAAGUAAAAUUAGGGACUCACUGUCUUACAAAAGAAAAAGUAGCUAUCAAAAUUAUGGAAAAAUCUAGAUUAGGGGAUGAUCUUCCUCGUGUAAAAAUAGAAUUAGAAGCUUUAAAAAAUCUUCCUCAUCAGAAUAUUUGCAAACUUUACCAAGUAAUUGAAACAGAAUCUCAUUACUACUUGAUUUUGGAGUACUGUUCUGGAGGAGAACUUUUUGAUCAUAUAGUGGAAAGAAACCGAUUGGAAGAGAAACAAGCUCGGGUCUUUUUUCGUCAGAUAGUGUCUGCUGUUGCAUUUUUACAUGAUAAAGGUUAUGCUCAUCGAGAUCUCAAACCUGAAAAUGUCCUUCUUGAUAAAGAGAAGAAUUUGAAAUUGAUAGAUUUUGGACUUUGUGCAAAACCUCAGCCAGGUCUUGACUCAUUUCUUUACACAUCCUGUGGGUCACCUACUUAUGCUGCUCCAGAGCUCAUUCUUGGCCAAAAAUACUUAGGUUCUGAAGUGGAUAUAUGGAGUUUAGGCAUUCUGUUGUACGCACUGCUUUGUGGAGUGCUGCCUUUCGAUGAUGAAAAUAUAGAUAGUUUGUACAGAAAAAUAUUGAGUGGAAGAUAUGAGGAAUCAUCCUGUCUCUCACUUGAGAGUAAACGGUUGAUCCGUUCUAUGUUACAAGUGGAUCCAAAAAAACGUAUUACUAUUGAUGACUUAUUAUCUCAUCCAUGGUUAAUGAAGGGUUUCAAGGAACCUGUGACUAAGCUGAGUUUACAUAAGGUCCGUGAAAAAGAUCCUAGUUGUUUAAGUGUAAUGGCCCAGUACUAUCGAGUAUCAGUGGAUGUUAUGUGGUCAAAACUGAAUUCCUGGACAUAUGACUAUAACACUGCUACUUACAUGUUACUUCUUUCCAAGAAGCAGAGGGGGCUUCCGAUAAAGCUUCAUCAUUUUGCUUUGCGGGAUAAAAUGGAAAGCGGAUUUAACAAAUUGGAGUCCCCGCUUACAAAAGGAUAUCCACUUUCUGUUACCUACAACAAAGUAAAUAGUCCCUUGAUGACAAGAUGCACAGAAUUGAAAACUACAUAUCUUAUAUUAAAUGGUAGAGAAUCAACUCCAGAUAAAGUAUUGAAUAAAGAAUUAAAUAUAACAGGUGAUCUUGGAGUCCAAUCUUUGGAAACAAAGGACCCCAAAUCCAAUGUUGAGCAGGAAAAUUCGCCUUGUGUAAGGCCAACUCCAAUGACACGCAAACCUCACAAACGCUUAUGGAGCCCAGGGCCAGAUGACACCCAAUCUCCUGUGCCAUCUAAACUGAAACCCAAUUCCUGUUCUGGUGAUCCCCAACAAGGUUUUAAUUCAUCAAGGACUGCUUUACCGAUAACACUGAAAGAGGUUUGUAAUGUGUCCACAACAUCCAAUAAUAAUCCUGAUGCGGUAUUGGGAGAAUUACGGAAGGCUUUACUGAAGAAAGGUAUUGACUGUAAACAGAAAAAAGGGUUUAGACUACGAGGCAAGCUGCAUGCAACAUCUGAUCACCGCCGUUUAUCUUUUGAGCUUGAGGUUUGCCUAGUAACAGUGCCAGACAGCAGUGCUCCACCACUUGUGGGUAUUCGCCGGAAGCGCCUCAAGGGUGAUGCCUGGUUUUAUAAGCGGGUGGUAGAGGAAGUGCUUGCAUUGGCCAAGACAUAGAAGUCAUAAGAACUUAAUUGUAUGUUACAAGAUUUUUGUGUGCUUAUGUUUUAGUGACUGCAAGUUGUGCACUUAUAAACAAGAUAUAAUGCCAAUAACUUCUUUUUUUAUUUUUCACAAUUUUCAAGAAGGUGUGUGGUAUUUUAUAAGUACUCAUUUUUUGAUAUUUAUGAACUUGAUUUUCGAAAAGUCAUGAGGUUUUGCUAGUCUUUUCAAGCCACCCCUUUUGCCUUGGUGACUCUAUCCUUUCACAUAACUUCUGUGGUAUGUUGAGCCAAAUUUCUUUUAAUUUUAUGGAAGUUGUUCAGCAAAUAUUGGUACUUAUUUAUUUUAUCCAACUUUACUGUUCUUUUAACCAUCAAAUAGCAUUAUUCAGGAUCUUGGUUACACUCUUCAACAGUUCUUUUUGUCUACAAAAAAUGCAAUAAUUAUAGAAAACAAGUAGAAGAUGUCUGUAUGCAUAUGAUUGUGUACAUAAGACAGUUUGGGAAAAUAAGUUUUUUGUUGAACAACUCUCCUAGUAUAUUUUAGAAUAACCCUUCAGUAUUUCACAUUAGAUAAUAGAAUUUACCUGUAUAUCUGUAAAAUAUUCUUUUGAUAACCUUUCAAAUAUUAUAAAGUGUGGUGCUGUGAUUCAAUAAUGAAAUAAAAAAUAUUAGAAGUAUUCGAGUAUUAUUCUAAUAAUCUUACACAAUUUAAAAUAAAAUAGUCCAUUAAUUUGACA